AUGUCUUCCCUCAAGUCUUCUCUCUUCCUACUUCUCCUCUUCUUUUGUGUUGAAUGGGUUCACGCGAAGAUUGAGUUGAUACUAUCCGAUCUGGGCACGGACAAAUGCAACUCCGAAAACGUGAAAUCUCUGGAUGAUAAGUUUUACGGGGCAGAUUGUGGGGGCGAAAAUCUGCUCCCCUCCGUCGAGUGGUUUCAAAGGAACAGCGAAACGAAGUCCUACGCGGUGACCGUUACUAGUAUGAUUAACUCCAGGGUAGUGACGCACUUCUUAGCAUGGAACAUCCCCUCAAAUGUUAACUUAAUAAAUCACUCCAUGAGCUUCGACGAACUGGAGGCAGCCGUCGGGUUCAAUUCGUUUGGCGAGGCGAAGUACACGGGGCCUUGUGCCUCGGCCAUCGAAGAAGAGAGCAAGUGUUUGGUGUUUACUCUGUACGCGCUAAAAAGGGACCACAUACAGCUGUCACAAGACGCAGACUACUUCGAGCUGAUGGCCUACCUCAAAAGUAUGAGCCGAGAGGAGAAGGGACUCCUGGACAGGCUAUCCUUGUACGCCAUGACCAUCCCGAAGCAGAGGAUUUCAAGUUGA